CUGGCUUGCUAAGUGGAAUCGCAACUCGUGCGCAUGAGAAGGUGUGUCUGUAUAAAGGUGUUCCUAUUCUUCGACCCCAGUUCUGCACGAAGCGGACCGCUUGAUGGAGCUCGGUUUCGAAGAUACUAAUCAAAGGAUCAUACAGAGUCUGGAUGGGAGGAGUAAGCUCGCGUUUCAAGCUGUUCAGGACAGUAGGACCUUUGAGGUCGGGGGUUGGAAUCGGGACCGACAGACGGACGAUCCAUUGUUCUACUACUAUCUGUGAAGACGUGCAGAAACUAGCAGGCACCACUCUAAUACGACCACUGGUAAUUGAGGGCCUCGACAAAGAGAAGACGGAAGAUUCGCCUGCAUCAAAAUACGACAACAAGCCAGCUACAACCAGCACUGAGAAGUUCACUCCCCCGCCACAGCUCUUCAUGUGAUUUCAUCUGCAGAUGAGUGGGUUCAUAGGUUGCAAGGGAUGAAGGAAGCUAAAACGUAGAG